AUGGCAGCUGCCAUGAAGCUCUAUACCGAAAAGCAAGAGCAGCUGGGAAAUGAGGAGAGGAACUUACUCUCUGUGGCAUACAAAAAUGUUGUGGGAGCUAGACGAUCAGCGUGGAGAGUUAUCUCAGGAAGUGAGGCCAAGGCAGCCAAUCAUCCUAAGAGAAAGCAAAUUGCUGAGGAAUGUCGCAUUAAAAUGGAAGAGGAAUUGAAUGAAAUAUGCAAUGAAGUUCUAACAUUAAUAGAUAAAUAUUUGAUGCCGAAUGCCACUAACAGUGAGAGCAAAGUAUUUUAUAAGAAGAUGGAAGUGUUUUAUUAUGAAAUCAAAAAUGAUCCCACUCAAGCCUGCAAUCUUGCACGAGAAGCGUUCGAUGCAGCUAUUGCCGAACUUGACCAACUACAAGACGAUUCCUACAAAGACAGCACACUUAUAAUGCAGCUUCUAAGGGACAAUCUAACGUUAUGGGCCACUGACCAACCAGAAGCGGACGACGUUGAUGCCGGUGACAACUGA